UACAGAGCUCACCAGCAUUCGAUCUACCGCACCUAACCAGUUACCAUGGCUGUUUCGAGGCUUGAACGUCUGUUCAUUUUGCUGGACACCGGAACGACUCCUGUAACAAGAAAAGCCGCCGCUCAACAGCUUGGAGACGUGGUCAAGCUCCAUCCACACGAGCUCAAUAACCUGUUAUCAAAGGUUUUAACGUAUUUAAGGAGUCCUAACUGGGACACACGAAUUGCAGCUGGACAGGCAGUCGAGGCCAUAGUAAAAAAUAUUCCAGAAUGGAACCCAGCGCCAAAGCCAAAGGAAGAAUCUUGUGCAGAGGACAUGUCUCCUGAGGACAGCACUUCAGACAGACUGAGUUUCUACAGGUUUGACAUUUCCCGCUUGCUCAGACAUGGCGUGUCCCUGCUUGGGUCUGCCGGUGCAGAGUUUGAAGUACAGGAUGACAAGUCAGGUGAGGUGGACCCUAAAGAACGUCUGGCACGACAGAGAAAGCUCCUGCAGAAAAAGCUGGGUCUGGACAUGGGUGCUGCUAUAGGCAUGGAUACAGACGAACUGUUUAAUGAUGACGACCUGGACUACACCUGUUCCUCUAAUUUAAACAGAGCGCAUGCUGUUAAAGGGCCUGUGUUUCAGGGUUCACGCAGUCAAACAUCCAUGCAGGCGGCAGAGUUUAUCGACUCCGAAUUCCGACCAGGCAUGAGCAAUCGGCAGAGAAACAAGGCUAAAAGGAUGGCCAAGCUGGUAGCAAAGCAGAGGUCAAGAGAUCUGGAUCCUAAUGAAAAAAGCAAUGAUAGCUUUGAAGGAGAACCUGAAGAGAAACGGCGGAAAACCACAAAUGUACUCAUAGAGCAGCCAGCUACUGAAAACAAAGUCUUAAUCGAUAACAUUCCUGAUAAUUCCAGCUUGUUUGAGGAGACUCAAGAGUGGCCCCUGGAGAGUUUCUGUGAAGAGCUUUGUAAUGACCUGUUCAAUCCAUCCUGGGAGGUCCGGCACGGUGCUGGUACAGGCCUGAGGGAGGUGUUAAAGUGUCAUGGUGAAGCAGGAGGGAAGAUGGUCGAUAGCACUUCAGAGCAGUUGAUCCAGCAGCAUCAGGAGUGGCUGGAAGACCUAGUCAUUAGACUCUUGUGUGUCUUUGCUCUUGAUCGUUUUGGUGACUUUGUAUCUGAUGAGGUUGUUGCACCAGUAAGAGAGACGUGUGCACAGACGCUAGGCGUGGCAUUGAGACACAUGACUGAAAGCGGCGUUACCAUGACUGUUGAUGUGCUGUUGAAGCUGCUGACUGAAGAUCAAUGGGAGGUUCGGCAUGGAGGACUAUUGGGCAUCAAAUACGCCCUUGCUGUUAGACAGGAUCUUAUUCCCCUACUGCUUCCUCGAGUACUUCCUGCAAUCACUGAGGGGCUUCAGGACCUGGACGAUGAUGUGCGUGCAGUAGCCGCUGCUUCUCUGAUCCCUGUAGUGAAGGGACUUGUGCAGCUACAGCCUGCUAAGGUUCCUUUCAUAGUGAACACUCUGUGGGAUGCUUUGUUAGAGCUGGACGACCUCACGGCUUCUACAAACAGCAUUAUGACCCUCCUGUCAUCCCUGCUUACAUAUCCUCAGGUGCUUCAGUGCAGCAUGCAGCAGUCUUUAACAGUCCUGGUUCCCCGGGUGUGGCCUUUCCUGAGACACACCAUUGCUUCUGUUCGACGUGCUGCCUUAGAAACCCUCUUUACGCUGCUGUCCAAAGCUGACCAGACUUGUGCCAUGUGGCUGAACCCCAUCCUCCAAGACAUGCUGAGACACAUAUUUCAGUCCUGUAUUCUAGAGAGCAACCAGGAGAUACUAGACCUCAUCCAAAAGGUGUGGGGAGAGCUGCUACGCCAGGCUCCACAACAGUACGUGGUAGCAGCCAGUUGUCCGUGGAUGGGCGCUUGGCUUUGUUUGAUGAUGCAAGCAGCUCACAUUCCCAUUGACCUCAACAUGCUGCUGGAGGUCAAGUCUCGCUCCAAGGAAAAGGCAGGUGGGAAAUCUCGGCAAGGCGGGCUGCAGGUGAAGGAAACCGUGCAGGAGUACAUGGGUGGAUCGGAUACAAUCACAGAAGAUCAAGCCACGCGAGACUACGUAGUGACCCGAGCCCGGCUUAUGGCUGCCAAGCUGUUGGGAACGCUGUGCAGCUCUAUCUGUGACCCACGUCUUAACAGCGCCACUCAGGAGAUCAGGCCAGCAGAGUCGCUGGCUCAGCUGCUGCUCUUUCACCUCAAUUCGAAGUCGGCUCUGCAGCGCAUCGCUGUAUCCAUGGUGCUUUGUGAGUGGGCCUCUCUGCAGAAGGAGUGUGAAGUGGUGUCCAGUGUUGUGCAGCCUCGCUUGCUAGCCAUCCUGUCAGAACAUCUGUACUAUGAUGAAAUUGCCAUCCCCUUUACCCGAAUGCAGAAUGAAUGCAAGCAGCUCAUUGCACUGCUCGCUGAUGCCCAUAUUGAUGUCAGGGAGAAACUCGACUGCAGUGUUUUUACCAUCGAUCAGGCCCAUGAACUGGUGACCACUAUCUUUUCCGAGGCCACAUCGUCUCUAAACCUAAAGUCUCGGCAGCUUCAGCCGUUGGACAGUAAGCGACAGCAGACGUCCUCAACGGUGGCAGAGACCAGUGCUGAGUGGCAGCAGUUGCAUCUACGUGUGCACACUUACGCCGCGUGUGCCGUGGUGGCUCUGGCAGCACUGCCCGAAAAGCUCAACCCUGUAGUGCGCCCGCUCAUGGAGGCAGUCAAGAAGGAAGAAAACGUGCUGGUGCAGGGAUAUGCGGCCUCCAGCAUCGCCCGACUGCUGCAGCUCUGCACGGGUCGCACGCCCUGCCCUAACUCCAAAAUCAUCAAGAACCUAUGCAGCUCUUUGUGUCUGGACCCCAUGCUUACUCCUAAUGCAGAAUGCCCUGUACCACCACACACACCCUCCACACAGGAUAGUGGGAAAGCCAGCAUGUCUGAGAAAGAUGGCCUGCACCACAUGGUGAACAAGACAAAAGGCAUCAUCACUCUGUACCGUCACCAGAAAGCAGCUUUUGCAAUCACCAGUAAAAGAGGCCCUGCCCCCAAACUACAGAAAUCCUCGACCAAUGACUUACCUCAAAGCAGCUUCAUCUCCACCGAGACUGAUGAGAGUAAGAGGCCGAGCCUCAUUCAGAGGAGAGGUGCAGAGUUCUCACUGAUGACAAUGGCUAGACACUUUGGGUCUGAGCUGACCACUUCUUUGCCUUAUCUCUGGGAGUCAAUGGUUGGCCCAUUAAAAGCACUGAUGGACUCACAGGUUUUUGAUUCUCAGCAGCUCUUGGAGAAGGGUGACUCUGUAGCCCAGGAGCUGGUGAACUCUCUGCAGGUGUUGGAGGUCACUACAGUAGCCAUGACUCAGGAGCUCAGGUCUCAGCUGUUGGAACAGUUGCCUCUGCUGUGUAUGUGUCUCCAUCACCCGUACACAUCUGUCCGCCACAUGGCUGCUCGCUGUGUUGGUGUGCUCAGUAAGAUUGCCACUAUGGAAACAAUGAACAUCUUUUUGGAGAGAGUGCUGCCAUGGCUGGGUGCUAUUGAUGACUGCACCAAACAGGAGGGAGCCAUCGAGGCCCUGGCUUGUGUGAUGGAGCAGCUGGAUGUGGACAUCGUGCCCUACAUUGUGCUGUUGGUAGUGCCUGUGUUGGGCCGGAUGAGUGACCUCAGUGACAGUGUGCGCUUUAUGGCCACGCAAUGUUUCGCCACCCUUAUAAGACUGCUGCCUCUGGAGGCUGGCAUUCCUGACCCACCCAGCAUGUCUGAGGAUCUUAUUCGUCAAAAAGCCAGAGAGCGUCACUUCCUGGAGCAGCUGCUGGAUAGCAGGAAGCUGGAGAACUAUAAGAUCCCUGUGCCCAUCAAGGCAGAACUCAGGAAAUACCAGCAGGAUGGAGUGAACUGGUUGUCAUUCUUGAAUAAGUACAAGCUGCAUGGAAUCCUGUGUGAUGACAUGGGUUUGGGUAAAACCUUACAGUCCAUCUGCAUUCUUGCUGGAGACCACUACCUCAGGGCACAAGAGUAUGCCAAAACCAAGGCUUCAGACUGUUCUCCUCUACCCUCCAUAGUAGUUUGCCCCCCUACUCUGACAGGUCAUUGGGUAGACGAAGUGGGCAAGUUUUGCGCUAAGGAGUUCCUAAACCCUCUGCACUAUACAGGGCCGCCUACGGAGAGAGCACGGCUACAGCACCAAGUGAAAAAGCACAACCUUGUGGUAGCAUCAUAUGACGUAGUGCGGAACGACAUUGACUUUUUUAAAAAUGUUAAAUUUAAUUACUGUAUCCUUGAUGAGGGGCAUGUUAUUAAGAAUGGAAAGACCAAACUAUCCAAGGCUAUUAAGCAGCUGGCUGCCAACUACAGAGUUAUUCUGUCAGGAACUCCAAUUCAGAAUAAUGUUCUGGAGCUGUGGUCUCUCUUUGAUUUCCUGAUGCCGGGCUUUUUGGGUACGGAACGGCAGUUUGCUGCCCGCUACGGAAAGCCCAUCCUUGCUAGUCGAGAUGCAAAGAGCUCCUCUCGGGAACAGGAAGCAGGGGUUUUGGCUAUGGAGGCUCUGCAUCGACAGGUUCUUCCCUUCCUCCUAAGAAGGAUGAAGGAGGAUGUCCUCCAAGAUCUGCCACCCAAGAUUAUACAAGACUACUACUGCAAUCUUAGUCCCUUACAGGUUCAGUUGUAUGAGGACUUUGCUAAGUCCCGAGCCAAGGUGAGUGUGGAUGAUGUCAUCUCCACUGCAGCACAGGAUGAAGAGGAUAAACCCAAGCUAAAGGCCACUGGACAUGUGUUCCAGGCCCUGCAGUACUUGAGGAAACUCUGUAACCAUCCAGCACUGGUCCUGACCCCUCAGCAUCCUGAGCACAAGCGCAUCAGUGAACAGCUCGCCACCCAAAAUUCCAGCCUCCGAGACAUCCAGCAUGCCCCCAAGCUCUCGGCUCUCAAACAGUUGCUGUUGGACUGUGGUCUGGGCUCGACUGGCAGCUCAGACGUUGGCACAGAGGCUGUGGUGGCUCAGCACCGUGUGCUGAUUUUCUGCCAGCUAAAAAGCAUGCUGGACAUGGUGGAGCAUGACCUGCUAAAGCCUCAGCUGCCCAGCGUGACCUAUCUGCGGUUGGAUGGCAGUGUGCCUGCAGGCCAUCGUCACUCCAUUGUCUCAAGGUUUAACAAUGACCCAUCAAUAGAUGUCCUGCUACUAACCACACACGUUGGUGGUCUAGGCUUGAAUCUGACAGGAGCAGAUACUGUGGUGUUUGUAGAACAUGACUGGAAUCCAAUGAGAGACCUACAGGCCAUGGAUCGAGCUCACAGAAUAGGACAGAAACGUGUCGUCAAUGUGUAUCGUCUGAUCACGCGGGGCACUCUGGAGGAGAAGAUUAUGGGCCUGCAGAAGUUUAAGAUGAGCAUAGCUAACACUGUGAUCAGCCAGGAGAACGCCAGCCUCCAGAGCAUGGGCACAGAGCAACUGCUCAACCUUUUCACUCUGGAUAAGGGUGAUAAGGCAGAUAAGAGUGAAGCUGCAUCCUCUUUGUCUGGAAAGUCCAGUAUGAAAUCAGUGUUGGACGGACUUGGGGAACUGUGGGACCAGCAGCAAUACGAAGCAGAGUACGACCUGGAUAGCUUCAUGCACUCGUUGCGCUGAUCCAGUGCACCCUACUCAGGCAGCUUCCAUACAUGAAGUGCACCGUUGCUUUUUGUUUAUAACCUCUCUCAUUAUGGACCUUUACAUACCUGUAUACCUGGGCUGUCUAUGCCCCUGCUGCUUUAAACCCCAUCAGCAUAAAGACAUUUGUUCAAAAUCUCUGUAAGAACUCGUACACUCCAUGUGAACGCUCAGCUAAUGUAUACUGCCAGGUCAGUUAUAGCUGAAAAGGAACAGGGUCCCAUUUCUCUUUAAGUCAAGUUAUUUUCUCACAUGCUGUGGGAUUCCUGAGUAUUACUUUUGGGAGUCAUUAGGAGUGUUCAUCAGUAUCAUCCACCAUCCGGGUUCCUAGAUAUGGUCUUAAUACCAACCCCAGUUCAGUCACCUAUCAGUAUUUGAGCUUAUACCAAAUGCUGUUUUGUAUACUUCUGCCUGGUCAUCGUUUAGUUUUGUAAACUGGAUAGCCAUCUUAAAUCCUUCAUUUCUUAAAAGGCUUCUGCAGCCUUGUCUCUAGAUCACCAGGGGACGCUGGUGCCACUUUUUCACUGGACAGUGUGGUUCAGCAUGGUGCAGUUGCUCAUCUGAAUCCCAAAAUGUUUACAUACAGGUGAAAAUACCAGUGUCUGUUUUCUGUGACAUCCAGCGACUGUAUCUCUGAAUGUAUGAGUUCUCUGAAGAUUGUUGGAUUUUAUGUAGAUCAUAAAUAAGGAAACAUUACUGUCAGUAAAUUAGUCUAAAAGAUUAUGUUUCAUGAUCUGUAGUAGUGCUAUUAUGGCUGUUUUUUUGCUGGGACAUAAAUGUAAACAAAUUCUAAAAGGAUCUCAGGAUCACAGGUUUAUAAAUGUACCCUGCCCUCCCACACUAGCUGUUAAAAACUGCAUCCAUGUAUUAAGAAGGGGGAGAGGGGGCUGGAAUGAAAUAUUUAUCAUCUUUUCCACUGAGAUGAGAUGCUCUCACCUGUAAAGCGCUCUGCCCAUUAGUCUUUUUCCAUCACUUAUCUCAGACCAGAUCGAAUCAGGACACAAGAUCUACUGCAGCACAUUCACACCCACAGAAAAUGUGAACUGUCUGUCCAGGAGAGCACGGUGCUAGUUUCAAACAUAGGUACUAUAGACUCGGCGGACAUAUGAUGGUCAUGAAGCCGCGUUGCUUAGUUUUAAAUAAGAAAAAGGAAACAUGUAAAUAUUUCUGUAAUUUGCCUUUGAUUAAGCCAGUAGAAUUUUAAUAAAUUCUAAUGAGCUUUCUUUAAA